UCGCAGAACAAUGUGAUUUGAAUUUCCCGCCAAAAUAACUUGCGCACAAUUUUACCUCCUCCCUAUCUCUCGAGUCAGCUGACCAAGAUAGGGUGGGAGUGUGAAACAAGGCCGUUGAUUUUCCCCUUAGAAACAGUGCGCAAUAGUCAGCAUGUCCGUCGGCCACAAAUCGCAAACAUCCACAGAUCCUAGGAUCUUGUAUUGUUCAAACCAUUCUCUCCGACUUCAUCCUGUGCAGGAAAAGCUGAUUAAGAGAACAUUAGAACAUCCAUGGUGUCGAAUGCUAGGUUCCACUGAUGAACUGCAACUCAUCAUGAACCUCUUGAAGAUGAUCAAGGCAAAGAAAACUAUUGAUGUGGGUGUUUAUACAGGUUACAGUGCCCUGUCUGCUGCUCUUGCUCUACCUCCUGACGGUAAAGUGAUUGCCUGCGACAUAUCGGAAGAAUUUACGAGCAUAGGGAAGCCAUUUUGGAAGGAAGCUGGAGUCGAUGGCAUAAUAGACCUCAGGAUUGCACCAGCAGGCGAGACAAUGCAAUCCCUCAUUGGCAGUGGUGAAGCUGGUACUUUCGACUUCAUCUUCAUUGACGCCAAUAAGACUGAUUAUGAUGAAUAUUAUGAGAAGGCGCUCAUUUUGCUUCGACCAGGAGGUUUUAUCGCUAUUGAUAACGUUCUUUGGGGUGGUAAAGUUUUUGAUGAAGCAAACAACGACCCUGACCCUGACACAGUCGCGUUACGAUUACUUAAUGAUAAAAUUCACAAAGACAAGCGAGUUGAUGUUAGUAUGCUCACCAUUGGAGAUGGAACUACACUGGUCUUCAAGCCAUAUGCAUAGAACAAAUGUGCAAGUAAAUAGAAAGCAGGCCUAGACAAGUGUAAUGCCGGUUGCUUGAUAAUCUUUAGAUUGUUUUUAAUUAGAGAGUAUAGUUAGGUGAUACAGUAAUUCAGUAGCAGGAUGAUUUCUUUGUUCACUCUUGUUAAGUUUUAGACAUGAUGUUAAAACAAGUUUCUCAGGUCGUUGUUUUGAAGGAGAGCUUCCAAAACCCUGGUCAAAAUGCCACUCAAGGAUGUCGCCAUUCCUAUGAGUUUUAGUCUUGGCAUGUUUAUGUUGAUAAUCAAUGUCAAUUAAAAUUGUCAUGUAAAAGUUACCAAACAUGUGCCAUAGUUAGAUUUUGUAAGAGAAGAUAAUCAAUGCAAUUUUGUCAUUGUAAUCUAUUUUUGUCACAGUGUCAGUAACAAACAAAGAUAAACUGGAAAAAUGA